ACUAGCUUGUUUUUUUCUUACUUCUCAUAAAUGGCUUCAAACUCUGCUGUUAGUGAUCAAAUCAAUAAGGAAGGACUAUCUCUUGAAGAUCAUGAGGAUAUUUUUGAUGCAUUAUCUCCUCUCCAUUUCAUUUCAGAUCAAUUCUAUUCAUAUACUUCGGAACUGUUUAAACUAAAUAUUUAUGCCUCGGAAGAAUCGAGCCAGGGGAAGAAGUUGAAGUUCGCUAAGAAACCUAAACAUUCUCGACAUGUUCAUGAGCGUACACAAGAGAGAAAUUUUGAUGACAAAGGACUCAAGAAAACAAAAUAUUAUCGAAGAAAUAACAACAAACAACGCGCAUCUUGUGAGAAGAGACGCAGAGAUCGUUUCAAGGAAAAAAUAAAAAGUCUUCGAGAGUUGUUGCCAAACACUUUUUCUAAGUCGGAUCAGGCUACUCUUCUGGAGGAGGCUGCCCGGCGCAUCGUAUCCCUACGCACUCAGUUGCAAGUGCAACAGUGGUCUAUGGAAACUAUACGUAGUGCUGCUUGUAUGGGAAACUAUGGAAGCUAUGGUUUAGCGGGACAGAGCCCUGGGAUCAACUAUGGAAUGGGAUACCAAUCACCAUUCUUUUGGUUACAGCAAUGGCCUACCCAAGCCUCACCUUAUGUGGCUCCAUCUGUGCUAGUUCCAGGGUUGCAUUCCCUUUUCAGUCAUCCUACUCUAGGAGAGUCUAGCAGCCACGAACCAAUUCUAACUGGUUUUGGCAUAAAUCAGCUGGGGGAUUUUGAGCCAAUCACAAAUGAAUUGCCUCAAGGGCAAGCCUCAAUAUCCAUGACUACUAUGGAUCCCACUCCUGGACAAUUUGAGGGAGUCCCAUCGUUUCCUGGUAUUUGGUAAUUCCCAAUCUUGCCGGCCAGGGAAUCAGUAGAAGUAGAGCUAUCCACUUCCAGUAAUCCAAUUGGAGGGCAGUUAGGCUCACAAAUACCAAGGAUCGACACCAAAGCAACUAAGAUAUCAAACAUAAGUUGGGUUUGUUUCUAUCUUCUAUCACCAUGUUUUGUCUGUAUAAACUAUGAACAUCUUGUACUUUUCAUCAUGCAAUAUGUGUAUAGUAUAUUUACUAGUAGGAAUCAAGAACACAGCCAUAGUUUUUAAACAA